AGUUAUAUUUAAAUAAGAGAUCAUAUACGCUCUUGGUCAGUUAGACCUGUUUUCCAAGAUCUUUAAACACAAACAAAUAUUUCCCAUAUUUUAUUGCAUAGUAAAAUGCGACGAUAGGCCACAAUAUUAUCAAUUCCACUACCAUAAUCUUCUGUGCAGGGCAAUCUACAAGUAGAUGGAAGAGAAGUGGCGUUUAUGCGCCAGCAGGUGGCAGUACUCUGUAGUCAACGCGAGUUAGUUCAUUUGGUAAGACAAGUGAAGAAGACAAAACCCAGUGCAUGCGUUUCAGAUGCUUUAUUUUUAAACAUUUUUACUGAAUUUCAAAGCUAAUUCUGGAAAAAUGAGCCACUUUCUGAAAAAGGUUUUAAUGCUACACAACACACGAGCACUGGCUUGCGCGGCGAUAUCAGUCCAACCUGAAUUAUUAACUACACAUAAGAUGCCUUGGGGUGUCUUGCUGACUAACAGACAGUAUAGAUCAAUGCCGACACAUGGCAUUGGAAGGUACAGACAUCUUAUUCCAAAAAUAAUGCCAAAGAAGAAGAAGGACAAAAUCCAAAUGAAGCAGAUCAAAGCACCGACAAACACAGAGUUUGGUGUGCUUAACGUGUGUGUCUCUGGUUAUGACAUGACACUAGUGGAACAUUAUUCUCAGUACAUUCACAAUCUCUGCAAUCACUUAGACAUCAAAGUUGAAGAGAGCUAUGCAGUGCCUACGAAAAGCACAGAGGUCAUGGUGAUGCAGGACCAAGGCACAAAGAUGUAUGUGGAUGGGAUUUUGAAAACGCAUGAACGUGUUGUUCAGAUCACUGAAAUGAAGGCAACUCUUUGUCCCAUAUUUAUGGAUGUACUUCUGAAAAACCAGCCUGAGGGUGUACAGCUCUGUGUGAAGCAGCACACCGAAGCAGAUUUCCAGUCCAGAUUUAAAGCAAGACCUGAGCUUGAGGGGCUUAUUGCAAAAAUGAAUACUUAAUAAAUAAAUUAGAGUUUUCAUUAAAAUAAUAUUGUUAUUCAUCAGUUUUCUAUUCUAUAUGUGCUGUAAUUAACAAAUGUGUAAAACAAAAUAAACCCUUUUCAAUUUUGAAA